GAUGGUGAAACGACAAGCAAUUAUAAUAGCUUUAAUAACAAUACGACAUGACCAAGAAUCUCACAAUCACCGAAGUAUCAGUCCCGGCUAUGGAACUCGACCUCGACUCGUUCCUUGAUUCUCACCUUACCAGCGACGAUGACGGCGGCGACGAAGACGACGACUUCAACACUGUCCCUCACCGCACCAUAGACGAAAUCCUCAACGCCUCCGAUUCAUCCACUUCAUCUUCCCCUCCGCCAUCCCCACCGCCCACUCAUCCCCGCCCUUUUGGCCCCAAACAAGAAGUCUCAGAGUCCGUAAACGACGCCGUCUCAGUCCCCACCACUAAACCAUCCCCUGAGUCUUACAUUACGGAAACCCUAAGACCGGAUGGAAACCCCUCGUUUCUGUCCAAGCCCGGACUGUUCAGUCGGGCCCGACCCGGCGGUGGUUUCUCUGAGGAUCCGUUUAAGAAGUUCCCGAACUCGCGAGCGUUGCCGUCGCUGUUCGGCGGGGUGAGAUCGAACGCGAAGCCCGGGGCUGCGUUGGCAGCUGCGGCGGCGGCCUCGAGGCCUCUGCCGACUCCUCACGCGGCUGCGAUCAAGUCGAGGAGGGCCGGGACUGGGGGCUCCCAUAAGGCUCUCGACGAUUCCGAAGUGGGUUCAGAUGGAUUGGGCUCUCCGAAUGAAAUUCGUAAUGUGAAAGCCGUUGAAGACAAUCAGAAAAUGGGCGACUUCCAGUCUGCUCUUGUGGUGAAUGAUAAAGGUGGUGGGGUUUACAGAAGAAAUGAGGUUUUGGAUGGUGUGAAAUAUGAGGGUUCUGGUGAGGUUUCUCAUAGUAAAGAGGUUAAAAGUGAAGCGGAAGAUGCCGUUGAACGGAAGGGAUCAAGGGUUAGUGAUAGUGAGGAAGAAUUGGUGGAAACAAGCACUUCAAUUUCAAAUACCAAUGUAGAACCGAUAAUUGGUGAAGAGGAUGAGAACACUGCGAAUUUAGACAAGAAUGCCUUUGUGGUGGGCAGUAACGACUCUGAAUUUUUGGAUGCUGAUGGUUCUGAAGAAAAGGUCGGUCAUUCAUUGGAUGAAUUUGAUGAGAAAAGGAAGGUUGAUCAGGAAUUGACAAUGGUGGCAUUGGAAGCACGGAAUUUAGAUUUAGACAAAGAAAAGCAUAAUUUGAAAGAUGAUGAGGCGGAUCUUGCCGGUGACGAGGAGACAAGCUCGUUGUCUGAUAUCACCGAACUUGUGGAAGAGAGAAUUGGACAAUUGGAGAGUAGGAGGUUAGCGGAACAGAAAUCACGGGCUUCAAUGAAGCCGCUUGAGUUAGCUGAGGAACUUGAGAAGAAGCAUGCUUCUACUGGUUUGCAUUGGGAAGAGGGUGCAGCUGCUCAGCCAAUGAGGCUUGAGGGCGUCCGGAGAGGAUCGACCACAUUGGGAUACUUCAAUAUUGAUACGGAUAAUACCAUGACAAGGACUAUUUCUUCACAUGCAUUCAGGAGAGAUCAUGGUUCACCUCAAGUCUUGGCUGUUCAUGCGAAUUAUAUUGCGGUGGGAAUGUCAAAAGGGGUCAUUGUGGUCGUGCCCAGUAAAUAUUCCAGUUAUAAUGCUGACCUCAUGGAUGCAAAGAUGUUGAUGCUUGGUUUGCAAGGGGAUCGAUCGCAUUCUCCUGUAACUUCCGUGUGCUUCAAUCAGCAAGGGGACCUUCUCCUAGCUGGUUAUGGUGAUGGUCAUGUUACUGUUUGGGAUGUUCAGAAAUUAUCAGCAGCUAAAGUUAUUACUGGAGAGCAUGCAGCACCAGUUGUACAUGCAUUCUUUCUGGGGCAGGAUUCUCAGGUUACUCGUCAAUUUAAAGCAGUUACAGGUGAUAGUAAGGGUCUGGUUCUGCUGCAUGCCAUCUCAGUGGUUCCUGUGAUUAAUAUGUUCUCCAUCAAAACCCAGUGUCUUCUUGAUGGACAAAAAACGGGAAUUGCGCUAUCAGCUUCACCACUCCUUUUUGACGAAUUCUCUGGAGUUGCUUCCCUCUCUUCUCAGGGAAACAAUGUGGUUUCUUCCAGCAGUCUUGGUAGUAGGAUGGGAGGUGUAGUUGGUGGAGAUGCUGGCUGGAAACUCUUUAAUGAAGCCUCUUCUUUUGCUGAAGAAGGUGUGGUCAUAUUUGUCACCCAUCAAACUGCUCUGGUGGUGAGGCUUACUCCAACAUUGGAAGUCUAUGCGCAACUUUCUAAGCCAGAUGGUAUUCGGGAGGGUUCUAUGCCUUAUACUGCAUGGAAAUGCAUGACACAAUCGCGUGAAAAUAUGCCGCCGGAUGCAGCAGAGAGAGUUUCAUUGCUUGCAAUUGCAUGGGAUCGGAAAGUUCAGGUUGCAAAGUUAGUCAAAUCAGAGCUAAAAGUAUAUGGGAAAUGGUCUCUUGAUAGUCCAGCAAUAGGUCUGGCUUGGUUGGAUGAUCAGAUGCUGGUGGUUCUCACAUUAGUUGGACAACUUUGUUUGUUUGCCAAGGAUGGAACUGUGAUUCACCAAACAAGUUUUUCUGUUGAUAUUUCUGAAGGAGAUGAUCUUGUUACGUAUCAUACUCACUUCAUUAAUAUCUUUGGAAACCCUGAGAAAGCUUAUCACAAUUGUAUAGCUGUUAGAGGGGCUUCUUUGUACAUACUUGGACCUACACACCUUGUUGUUUCUCGCCUUCUCCCAUGGAAGGAACGGAUUCAGGUUCUGAAGAAAGCAGGUGACUGGAUGGGUGCACUAAACAUGUCAAUGACACUUUAUGAUGGUCAAGCUCAUGGUGUUAUUGACCUCCCUAGAAGCUUAGAUGCUGUACAGGAGGCCAUAAUGCCAUACCUGGUAGAGUUGCUAUUGUCAUAUGUAGAUGAAGUAUUUUCUUAUAUUUCGGUGGCAUUUUGCAACCAAAUUGGAAAAAUGGAACAGCUGGACAACCCAAGCAAUAAAGGCAGUUCUGUGCACUCUGAAAUAAAAGAGCAAUACACUCGUGUUGGUGGAGUUGCUGUGGAAUUUUGUGUUCAUAUCAAGAGGACUGACAUACUUUUUGAUGAAAUUUUCUCCAAGUUUCUAGCUGUUCAACAGAGAGAAACAUUUUUGGAGCUCUUGGAGCCAUAUAUAUUGAAGGACAUGCUUGGAUCUCUACCUCCUGAGAUUAUGCAAGCACUUGUAGAGCAUUAUAGCAGCAAGGGGUGGUUACAGCGAGUUGAACAAUGCGUCCUUCACAUGGAUAUCUCUUCCUUGGAUUUCAAUCAGGUUGUCAGGUUAUGUAGGGAGCAUGGAUUAUAUGGUGCGCUGGUAUAUCUCUUUAACAAGGGAUUGGAUGAUUUUAGGGCUCCUUUAGAAGAGCUGUUGGUGGUCUUACAAAAUAGUCAAAAGGAAAGUGCUGCUGCCCUUGGGUACAGGAUGCUUGUUUAUCUGAAAUACUGCUUUUCCGGUCUUGCUUUUCCACCAGGACAAGGAGCUCUGCCCCCUACUCGCUUGCCUUCUCUUAGAAUAGAACUUCUACGAUUUCUCUUAGAAAAUUCUGAUGCCCUGAACUCACAAGCAGUUUCAAGAUUAUCUGGAGAAGCAUACUUGAACUUGUAUCAUCUCUUACAGUUAGAUACUGAAGCUACGUUAGAUGUUUUGAGAUGUGCUUUUGUAGAAGAUGAAAUCCCAAAACACGACUUUUCGUUGCAGGAUUCGGCAGAUGAUGAUAUAGAGGCAAUAAAAGAAAAUGAUAAUGCAUGUAAAAAUUUAUUGGUUCAAGAUAUGGUGAAUGCUCUUAUUCAUAUUCUUGAUAGAGAUAUUUCCCAAACUGAGAGGUCUGGUGGUAAAGAUGUCGUUGGAUCAUUGGAACACUGGCCUUCAAAGAAAGACAUAGGUCAUAUAUAUGAGUUUGUAGCAUACUAUGUUGCAUGCAGAAGAGCUAAUGUCUCAAAAAGCGUACUGAGUCAGAUUAUAGAAUAUUUAACAUCAGAAAAUAAUUUUCCACCUAAUGUUUCUACACAUCGUACAAUCUCGAAAAGAAGAGAGAAACAGGUGCUUGCCCUUCUAGAAGUAGUGCCUGAGACUGACUGGAAUGCUUCUCAUGUGUUAGGUCUUUGCGAGAAAGCCCAAUAUUACCAGGUUUGUGGCGUAAUUCAUACUAGCAGACACCAGUAUCUUGCUGCUUUGGAUAGCUAUAUGAAGGAUGUGGAUGAGCCGAUUCAUGCAUUCUUGUUUAUCAACAAAACAGUAUUAGAGCUGAGUGGUAACGAACUUGCUGUUUUUCAAUCAGCAGUCAUUUCCCGGAUACCCGAGCUGGUUGACUUAAGCAGAGAGGCCACGUUCUUCUUGGUCAUCGACCAUUUCAACAAUGAAAGUUCACAUAUCCUGUCUGAACUUCGCUCUCUUCCAAGAAGCCUUUUCCUUUAUUUAAAAACAGUCAUUGAGGUUCACUUAUCUGGUACCCUCAACUUUUCGUGUUUAAGAGGGGAUGAUAUUGUGGAUUCUUCUGAUGGAAGAAGGGUGAAGGAUCAAUCAAAAGGACUUGAAGAUUACUUGGUUAAAGUCUCUAAUUUCCCCAAGUUCCUACGUAACAAUCCCGUUGAAGUGACUGAUGAAAUGAUUGAACUUUAUUUGGAGCUUUUAUGUCAGUAUGAACCCAAUUCAGUGCUGAAAUUCCUGGAGACGUUUGAUAGCUACCGUGUGGAACACUGUUUACGCCUGUGUCAGGAAUAUGGAAUUAUUGAUGCUGCUGCAUUCUUGUUAGAAAGGGUUGGUGAUGUGGGGAGUGCUCUUUUCCUUACACUUUCUGGCCUUGAUAGCAAGUUUGUUGAGCUUGAUACUGCUGUGGAAAGUGUAGUUUCUAAUGUGGCUUCUGGUUCUGCUGCUGGUUCAGAGUAUCUCAGGACUGCAAUGAAUACGAAGGAGGUGAAUGAGAUACGCAAUAUAUUGAAUGCCUGUAUUGGACUGUGCCAGCGAAACACCCCUCGUUUGAACCCUGAGGAGUCAGAGACACUCUGGUUCAGAUUACUUGACUCGUUUUGCGACCCUUUGAUGGAUUCAGAAAAUGAUGUGUUAUCUGGAGGAGAAAAUCAUGUUCAAAUGCUAACUGAAUCAUCAGCCUCACAAGAGGAUGAGGAGGCACGCAUAGUUAGGUGGAGAAUCUCAAAGUCCAGUAGAGGAGCUCAUAUCUUAAGGAAAUUGUUUUCUCAUUUCAUCAAAGCAAUUGUUGAGGGAAUGAUAGGAUUUGUUCGCCUGCCAACUAUCAUGUCGAAACUCCUUGCUGAUAACGGCAGCCAGGAGUUUGGUGAUUUUAAACUUACCAUAUUGGGCAUGCUCGGAAUAUAUGGCUUUGAAAGACGAAUUCUGGACACUGCCAAAUCCUUAAUAGAGGAUGAUACGUUCUAUACCAUGAGUUUACUCAAGAAGGGGGCCUCUCAUGCAUAUGCACCCCGGAGUUUUGUAUGUUGUAUAUGUAAUUGCCUGCUCACGAAGAAUUCCUCUAGCUUCAGCAUUCGAGUUUUUAAUUGCGGCCAUGCAACUCAUAUCCAAUGCGAAGUUCCAGAAAAUGAGGCAUCGAGUAGAGGAGCCUCAUCUGGAUGCCCAAUUUGUAUGCCGAAGAAGAAAUCGCAAAAGGCUAGAAGUAAAUCGAUUCUUCCAGAAAAUGGUUUAGUGAGUAAAUUUUCAUCCAGACCCCAACAAUCACAUGGAACCAGUAUCCUACAUCGGCACGAAGGUGAUGCAUCCGAGAGUUCUUAUGGGCUUCAGCAAAUUUCACGGUUUGAGAUCUUGACCAAUUUGCAGAAAGACCAGAGAUUAGUCCAGAUAGAAAACAUGCCUCAGCUGAGACUUGCGCCACCAGCUGUUUAUCAUGAAAGGGUAAAGAAAGGAACAAAUAUUUUUACAGGAGAAAGUAGCGAGACCCUUGCAAAAAUAAUAGAGAAACCAAGUAAAAACAGGAAACUGAGGGAGCUAAGAGUGAAGGGAUCGUCUCUUCGGUUCCCACCUUUGAAAUCAAGUAUAUUUGGCAAGGAGAAGAGCAACAAGCGAUAAUGCAAGCACGUGUAUAGAACAGUAACAAUACUGGAGAUGAUGAAGACCAUGACAUUUUUUUCUCCUCCUUUUUUUUUUUUUUUUUUUUUUUUCCAAAAUUUUGUUUAUAUGUACAACUGUUGUAAGUAGAAUAAGCUGUGCAUUAAAUAAUGUGAAGGUAUUCUUUACGGAAAUUGAAAUAGAACAGAAUCAAUUAAUGAAGCGAUAUUUUUUA